AUGGGGAAAGGAGACCCGUGUUGGGGGAAACAGGUGGACGGUGACACAAACGCGGAGUACCACAAUAUGGAAGAGAUGGAGGAAAGGGAAAAAAUGAAUGUUCAAGCAAAGAAUAAAAAGGGGAAUACGCACUACAAUGAUAAGAAGGAAUACAUCGAGAAAGUAAAGCGUCUGAAGGAGAAAAAAUAUUUUGGAAAUAAAACGAUAGGAAAUAACUACAGUUAUAUAUACCUAAUAAACCAAAUAUUCGGAUCAGGAAUUGUGUCCAUCCCAUAUGUGUUUAAAAGUUCUGGAUGGCUACCUUGUCUCAUUACAAACAUUUUCAUAUGUGUCUUAACCAUUUUUAACACCUUACUUUUUCUACGCGCAAUGACCAUGAUACCGAACAAUAUCCAUUUUAAUAAGAGAUACGAAUACAUCUCCACAGUGUGUUACUUCUUAGGGAAGAACAACAUAUUCUUCUGGCUGAUGCAGAUGUGCUACUACGCCAGUAUCUUGGCAAGCAACAUCAUAUCGAUUGUCAUAGUUUCUCACGCAAUGGAUUACAUAAUAAUAAAUACCGUGGGAUAUACGGUAGGUUUUACUUUGUACCCGAAUUUUCAAAUGAAAUACUUUAUAGAUAUAGGCGAGUUAUACUACAGCCAGAAUUAUGUGGUGUGCAUAACGGUGGGGUAUGUAAUCAAUGCGAUCAUAUCUAUUUAUUUCUCUCAAUCCAAUUUAGAAGACAACAUGAAGAUACAACUAUUUUCUUUCCUAUUUCUGAUGAGCACCAUUUUUCAAAUGAUCUUCCUUAGUGGACUUAAAAUAUAUCGUUACAACGCCAGUGGAACUAUAAUCAAUAAGGGCAUAGAAAAAUACACUAAUAUAAAAUAUCCCACCGCUUUUGGAGAUUUUAAUUUCAGACAACUUCUCUCAUCAUACAUUUCUUCCUACUCUGCAGUGACAGUUAUUCCAUGUUGGGCAAAUGAAAUGAAGCCAGAUGUAAAAAUUAUCAGAACCGUUUGGGUGUCCAACCUUUUCUGUUGUUUCGUUUACUAUAUAUUUGGGUACAUGUUAUGUACAGCGUACCCUGACAUUAACAGUGAUAAUAUAUUGUACGAUAUUUUGCAAUACCCUUUUAUAAGCACCUACAUGAAAAUCUGUAUAUACCUAUUUGACUUGUUAACCAUUGCCCCUGGAAUAUAUGUCUACUGCAUAGCUACUCGCUACAAUUUAAUCAAUAGUAAUAUUUGCUCUGAAAAAAUGGCUUUCAUGUUAGGGACCAUUUUCCCCUUUUUUAUUUCCUUUUUUUUUACCUCUAGAGCUAUUUUCGAAAAUGUCUUCACUUGGUCCAGCUUGAUUUUCUCCUAUGCCUGUAAUUUUAUCACCCCAUCUAUUAUAUACCUCAUAGCUUGUAAGAAUAUCCCCUACUCUGGGAAGAACCCCCUCCACCAUAUGCUUGUACUCUACGAUCCAAAGGAGCAUAAAAGGAAGAACCCCAUUUAUGGUUUUUAUUACCCCCGAGAUGCUGACUCGGGGAAGAAACACAACAUUUGGAAUUCCUACAAAGUAUGCACCGAAGACAAACGAAAUAAUUCUACAGCACAAUAUGACGCACGGAGCAUGUUGUAUACUCCCCCCGAAAACUCCCCGAAUGAAGAGCGAAAAUUCUUACUACCGCUACCCCAUAGUCAGAGGAGCUCUCUCCAUUUAGAGGGGAACAACUAUAACGCUCCGCAUGUGGAGGCAACAGAUCGGGGGGAGGGCCACACAACACGUGACAAUGCGCUUCAUUUAAGUGGCCCCUAUGUGAAUUCUCCAUAUGGAACAGAUGCGAAACCACCGAUUAUCUACACAGAGGAAGGGGGAAAUAAUCAAAUGGUCCUACCUCAGGGGAAUCUUCCUUAUGAACACUCCCCCCUCGGCGCGGAGAGACAAAUGCGAAUCCACCCCAGGGACGAUUUCGUAGUGCCAAUAAAAGCACAACCUGAGGAAAACGCACACAUGGAAACAAAAAAGAGAAAAGCGCUGCACGUGAAUAGCCAACCCGCACAGUUAAAUACCGAUGGUACACAUAACUUAGCGGGGAAAGGAGUCUCCCCAGAAGUGAAAGAACCUCUGCUACCAAAUGAGAAGCGUUACCACAGCAAAGAGGACGAUAAAGAAGAGGAAAAAAAAUCAUUCCAGUUCCACCGUCGAAGGAAGAGCAACACGGAGGAAUUCGAAUUUCGCAAGUGCAGCUCCCUCUUCAAUAUGAAAGCAAACAACAUAAAUAAAAACAACCCUCAGACGAAGCAAAGGCUAUCAAGAAACGUUAGAAAAUCGAGGAAGCACAAAACGGUGAUGGGUUUUGAAAAUAAAAAUAAAAAAAAGAAGAAAAUUUCCAUAAAAAAUGAACGAGAAGAAUGUUCCGACUAUUCAGACAUCACCGAUAGUGAACUUUUAAAUGAUAAAAUAAUAGCAGAUAUGUCAAGAGACAUUUACAACGAUAUCAGAAUAAUCAAAAAUAAUUACGAAAGGGAUGAGUACUUGAUUAAAUAUUCGGACAUUUUUGAUUCCUUCUUGAAUUUGAAACUGAUUCUGGAGGGUACUUCCGAUGGGAAAAACGCAUACGAUAUGUGUGAUGUGCAAAACCUGCAUAAUGUGCAAAACAUGCAAAAUGUGCAAAACCUGCAUCAUGUGCAAAACAUGCAUCAUGUGCAAAACAUGCAAAAUGUGCAAAACAUGCAUAAUGUGCAAAACAUGCAUAAUGUGCGCGAUUAUUACAAUUUUGACAACUCCGGGAAGGGAUUCUCGCUGGAGCUCACCGCGUCCAAUGGAGGGGAUCCACCCCACGGCAGUUUAGAGGUAACUGCGCACUCGUAUACAUAUGAUGUUCAUAACCCAAGGGAGGUUGCUCUACCUUGUAGGAAUCUUCCAACUGGGGAACAACAAAUGACAAAUAUGGAAGAGGGGGGACACUGGGAGAAUGAUAAACCGUUCCGAGGAAAGACAAGGACGGUGAAUUAUCAAACGGGAAAGGAGGAAGAAGAAGAAGAAAAAGAAGAGGAGCGAAUCCAUUCGUACAAACGAGUUGGAACAAGAACUACGCAAGUGGAAACUAAACCAAGAGGAAAUAGCUCCGAUGAAGAAGAAAUGAAAGAAGUGCAAAUUGACAUGUACUCAAAUGAUAUAUAUGAAGGAAAAUUAAGUAAUGAUUUAAAAAAUAAUUUUCACGUAUUCAUUAACGGAAUAAGUAAUAAGAAAAAAUUAACGUGGGCCUUUGAUGGAAAUAAAAAUGAAGGAAGACAAGAUGAUGCUUUUCCACAUAGUAAUAUCCAUGUGAAUGUAUCCAACGUAGAAAAAGUUUUCCGUUCAAAUGAUGCUGGAAGUUCCUCCUUCAAAAAAUCCAAAAGUGAUAUUUAUUCUUACUCCCUCAAUUUAUAUAAAAAUGGACACAGCGUGGAUGAUUAUGAGGAUGAAAUAAAUGGUAUGAUUCUUUUGAAGAAGUUACAUUCUCAGAGAAACUGCCUUAUCAAGGACAAAACGACUGAAGAAAGUGUGCAUGCAUUUUUGCAAGCCAAAAGUGUAGACAAUUUAGGAAGCCGCAAAAUCUUAUCUCUUCCAAAUGAUGAAAAGGUACAUGUUCAUUCCAAACAGAUAAAUGAAUUUGAAGGAAUCAAAGAAACGGGAAAAAAUGACAUAAGUGAAAAUUCGACACAAAAUUUUGAAACAAAUGACGAAAUAGUUACCUCCCUAGGAAGCGCAAAUUAUUUUCAAGUUGAUGUUCCAUCUGAGUGCAGCAACAUGAACAAGUAUGAAACGCUUUCCAAUUUAGUACACAACAGAAAAAGAAUUCCAUCGGAAAAUGGUGAUGAGGAAGAAUAUGCAGAGAAAGAAAAUUGCCAAUCAAAGGACAGGAUUUUGUACUUUCUAACUUCGUUCAAUCGAAAAAGUAAAAUGUACAAAGAUGUGAACACACUGUCAGUACCGGACAAUGUGUAUAAUGUGAUUCCAAAAAUUAACAAAGGAAAUGGACACAACAACAUCGAUGAUACCAUAAACAACAUUUUCAACUAUUACAAGUACAACUUUUUGCUCUCUUUCAGUGAGAAGAAUAAGAAAAGAGGGACCAUUAGCAAAUAUAAACAUGCUAGAAUGGUCCACUGGGUGCACAAGCACACCAAGAUGGACAGAGAAGGACCAAGUCGCAGAAGUGAGCGUGAUAAUAACUUCCUAAGUGACGGUUGCGAUAGGGUGUACGCGCAAAGCGUCCAAGAGGGGUACAUAAAUAACGACAUGGACUGCCACGGAGACAACAACAGGGGAGGAAAAAAUAUACCGAAAAAAACGUUCGCAACUCCUAAGUUAAACUAUCUGAAAAAUUUUCAUGCUGAUGAGAAGACGGAGCCAUUACUUAUGCCUCACCAGAAGGAAAUCCAAUACGAUGAAUUGCCAACAAUAAACUUGAUUUGUUCAGAGAAGCCUCUGCAUGGAUAUGAGGAUGCUUACCAGAUAGAUGACUAUGUCAAUGGAAAAAUUAAUGAAAAUAUUAUCCACGUCUACCCCUCUAGGUACCUACGAAUCAAGCAUGUAAGAGUUACUGAGGUACUCCUAUUUGUUGCAGUGCUCCUGCUCUUCAUUUCAGUGUUCUAUGAUUUUUCUUACUGA